CGCUCCUACUACUCCCCUCCUAGUACUCAGGUUUAACUGACAUAUUUUACUGCAGUGGAACUCGUACUCCAGCUCCAGAAACAACUGAGGAAGGCUCCAAGCCUGUUAGAAAGUAAAACUAUGACUACUCACGCUAGCAUGUGCUGCCGCUUGUUUGUCAGACAGAACAGUUUAACACGUUUAAGAAAACUAGUACAGUGUGCAAAUUUGAGUAUUCAACGACUGUGUUCCAGUUCUACGCACGAGGAAAAUGAACUUGAACUCAGAGACUCGACUUCAUCUGCUCUCAACUCCGCUGCAUCUCUGAAAACGAGGUUAAAUAAGGAGAAGAGAGACGACACCAUACUACCCUUUUCAGCCUUCCUGACUGACAGCUUCGGCCGGAGGCACAGCUACCUGCGCAUCUCCCUCACCGAGAAAUGCAACCUGCGCUGUCAGUACUGCAUGCCAGAGGAGGGGGUGAAGCUCACACCACGGGGCCAGCUGCUGUCCACCUCAGAAAUACUGACCCUGGCUCGCCUCUUCGUCCAGGAGGGGGUGGAGAAAAUCCGCCUGACUGGAGGAGAGCCCCUCAUCAGACCGGAUGUGCUGGACAUCAUCUCAGAACUCAAGAAGCUGGAGGGCCUGAAAACCGUUGCAGUGACAACCAACGGCAUGAACUUGGCCAGGCUUCUGCCUAAGCUGAAAGAUGCUGGCCUCGACCUGAUUAACAUAAGCCUGGAUACGCUGGUCCCUGCCAAAUUUGAGUUCAUUGUCAGGCGAAAAGGAUUUCACAAGGUCAUAGAGGGCAUUGAUAAGGCUAUCGAAAUGGGCUACAACCCUGUCAAGGUUAACUGCGUGGUCAUGCGAGGCCUCAACGAGGAUGAGCUGCUAGAUUUUGUGGCACUGACAGAAAAGAAGCCUCUGGAGGUGCGCUUCAUUGAAUACAUGCCCUUCGAUGGCAACAGGUGGAACUUUAAGAAGAUGGUGAGUUACCAGGAGAUGCUGGACCGAAUUAGGCAGCAGUGGCCUAACAUGGAAAUGCUUCAAAGUGAACACACUGACACAGCCAAGACAUUUCAAGUGCCAGGCUUCAAAGGUCAGGUGGGCUUCAUCACCUCUAUGUCUGACCAUUUCUGUGGCUCCUGCAACCGCUUACGCAUCACUGCAGAUGGCAGCCUCAAGGUGUGUUUGUUUGGGAACUCUGAGGUCUCCUUGAGAGAUGUCUUACGUUCUGGGGCAUCAGAUGAAGAGCUACUGCAGAUCAUUGGAGCUGCUGUGGGCAGGAAGAAGAAACAACACGCAGGCAUGUUCACUAUCUCCCAGAUGAAAAACAGGCCGAUGAUCCUCAUUGCAGGCAGUGCAUCACAUAGGCUGUUGUCUCUGCCAAAGUCACAGGACAGCCAGAGAGCUUCCCCCAUUGUUUUCCAAUUUGCAAAUGACACAUCCCUCUCUUCAACAGAAGCUCCUCCCAUGUGCCACUCAGGCAGCAGGAGAGUCCUGACUGGAAAUGGUUUUUUGUGCCUUCCAGACUGCGCUGCUUCAACACACACAGCCUGUGUUUGCUGCUCUAGAACUAUGAGUGAGGGUAACCCUGUUAGGUCUCAUAUCACCAAAAAAAACCCUAAUACAAUGGACAACCCUGACAGUGUAGCACUCCUUCACUUUUCUGAGUUUGGUACUUCACGCACAAAUAUGAUGAGUUCCACUAAUGAAGACUGUCUCAGGUACGCACAAGCCCGGAGUCCUAAACCUUUGAAGAGCCACUUCCUCAAGAGCCCGGGAACACAUUUUUUUUGCACACUACUAAAUAAUGCAAAAAGCAAUCUUAAUCACCACAUUAUUAGACUGUGCCACCAUCAAAGCUCUACUGAAGCAAUAGAGAGUGAACAGACAAACUCAGACACCAACUGUCGCCUGGAUGAAACCACUGAAGCCCAGCUGACACAUACAGACGCCCAGGGCCGAGCCACAAUGGUGGAUGUUGGGGAGAAAGCUCCGACAUGCCGCACAGCCAAAGCUCGCUCCACCGUCAUCUUGGGUCCCACUGCCUUCCGCCUGCUUCGGGAUAACCAGCUGGCUAAAGGUGACGCCCUUGCUGUGGCGCACUUGGCUGGCAUCAUGGCUUCCAAGCAGACCUCAGCCCUCAUCCCGCUGUGCCACACGCUCCCCUUAGACCACGCCUCUGUCACCUUUGACCUUGACGAGCUGAAUAGCGCUGUAGUCAUCACUGCAACAUGUCGCACUACGGCCAGGACAGGAGUUGAAAUGGAGGCUUUAACAGCUGUCUCUAUCGCAGCGCUGACUGUCUAUGACAUGUGCAAGGCAGUGAGCCAUGACAUUGUCAUCACAGAUGUAAAACUGCUCAGCAAGGCGGGCGGAAAGAGGGACUUUCAUCGUCAUCCUCGUGCUCCUUCUCCACCAUUGAAUCCAAUCCAGGAAAACGGAGAAUGAAUGACUUGUGAGCAACACAAAAAUGGCACCGACACUCACACACACUGCUUAUCCCACACAGUACGAAUCCUGUUGUCUUCAUGUUACUCAAGUACUACAGUCACAAGCCUGGAAGUCAUCGAGCAAAGAACAAACUGAGGAUAGCCCCAGCAGUACUGACGAAUUGAAUGUAUUUGUCUUCAAUUAGCUUACAUGAACUUACAUGACUUUUUUAGAAUGAAGCCCAGGUGCCUGAUAUGUAUGUGUCAGAUGUGCUGGUGGACAGCAAGUCAAACUGUGACAUAUCACAGACUGUGAACCCACAUGAAACUGUUCCAAAUUAACAGCACUGUGACAGUUUUUACAGUAGAGUUUUGAUGUUCAUUCCGUUCAACUUCUAUCUUAAUUUUGUCAGUGAUGAUAAUUGGCUAAAAAAAUAAGCAUAAAUAAAAUGCUAAACACUGUCAAGUU